UUGACCUACAGUUUAUUCACACUCACUGCAGAGUUUCUCUACAGAACAACAGCUGCGUUCAACAUUUCAAGAGUGUCAGGACCUGAUCAUUGUCAUAUUUCUGCUGUGAAACUGUUAGGAGAUCUGUUGAAGAUAAUGUUUAUUUUCUACUUUUUGUUCUCAUGGAAUCUGGCUGCGUCUCCAUCUGUUAUUGCUCUAGCUGAAGCUGAAAUGACGAGUGUGUCAGUGAUGGAAGGAGAUUCUGUCACUCUGAACCCUGAUCUUUCUAAAAUACAAGGGAUGGUCCUGCUACUGUGGAGGUUUGGAGAGAAAGGUUCCACUAUCGCUCAGAUUGAUGGAAAUUAUAUCUUAUAUGAAGAUUAUGAGGUAUUUAGAAGCAGACUGAAGCUGGAUCAGACUGGAUCUCUCACCAUCACAAACGUCAGAACCAAUCACUCUGGACUUUAUAAAGCAGAAGUCAGCCACAACACUGGAACCUCAUAUAUUAUGUUCAGGGUUACUGUCUAUGAGUCUCCAUCUGUUAUUGCUGGGACUGAAACUGAAUUGAAGCUCAUGUCAGUGAAGGAGGGAGAUCCUGUCACUCUUCAUGUUCCUCAAAUACAAGGAGAUGAGCUGAUAGUGUGGAGGUUUGGAGAUGAAGGAAAACUCAUAGCUAAAGCUGAUAUAGAGGCCAAGAGCUCAUCAUUAUAUGAUGAAACUGAGAGAUUCAGAGACAGACUGAAGCUGGAUCAGACUGGAUCUCUGACCAUCACAAACACCAGAACCACAGACUCUGGAGAAUAUAAAGUGAAGAUCAGCAGCAACAAACAGACCUUGUACAAGAGAUUCAUUGUUACUGUCAGUGGUGUGUUUGGUGCUGAAACAGGUGAAGUGAAGUCAGUGAUGGAGGGAGAUUCUGUCACUCUGAACCCUGAUCUCACUCAAAUACAGGGAUUUAUUCAGAUACAGUGGAGGUUUGGUGAUCCAGUCAUUGCUCAAAUCGAUGGAAAAGAGAUCUCAUAUCCCAGUCACACUGAGAUAUUCAGAGACAGACUGCAGCUGGAUCAGACUGGAUCUCUGACCAUCAGGAACAUGAGAACCAAACACUCUGGACUUUAUAAGCUACAGGUCGACCACAGCACUGGGAUCUCACUUAUGAAAUUUACUGUCACUGUCUAUGAGUCUCCAUCUGUUAUUGCUGGGACUGAAGCUAAAAUGAAGAUUGUGUCAGUGAUGGAGGGAGAUCCUGUCACUUUUCAUGUUCCUCAAAUACAAGGAGAUGAGCUGAUAGUGUGGAGGUUUGGAGAUGAAGGAAAACUCAUAGCUAAAGCUGAUAUAGAGGCCAAGAGUUUAUCAUUAUAUGAUGACACUGAUGAGAGAUUCAGAGACAGACUGAAGCUGGAUCAGACUGGAUCUCUGACCAUCACAAACACCAGAACCACAGACUCUGGAGAAUAUAAAGUGAAGAUCAGCAGCAACAAACAGACCUUAUACAAGAGAUUCACUGUUACUGUCAGUGGUGUGUUUGGUGCUGAAACAGGUGAAGUGAAGUCAGUGAUGGAGGGAGAUUCUGUCACUCUGAACCCUGAUCUCACUCAAAUACAGGGAUUUAUUCAGAUAGAGUGGAGGUUUGGAGAUCCUGUCAUUGCUCAAAUCGAUGGAAAAGAGAUCUCAUAUCCCAGUCACACUGAGAUAUUCAGAGACAGACUGCAGCUGGAUCAGACUGGAUCUCUGACCAUCAGGAACAUGAGAACCAAACACUCUGGACUUUAUAAGCUACAGGUCGACCACAGCACUGGGAUCUCACUUAUGAAAUUUACUGUCACUGUCUAUGAGUCUCCAUCUGUUAUUGCUGCUGGUGUAACUGAAUUGAAGCUCAUGUCAGUGAAGGAGGGAGAUCCUGUCACUCUUCAUGUUCCUCAAAUACAAGGAGAUGAGCUGAUAGUGUGGAGGUUUGGAGAUGAAGGAAAACUCAUAGCUAAAGCUGAUAUAGAGACCAAGAGCUCAUCAUUAUAUGAUGAAACUGAUGAGAGAUUCAGAGACAGACUGCAGCUGGAUCAGACUGGAUCUCUGACCAUCACAAACACCAGAACCACAGACUCUGGAGAAUAUAAAGUGAAGAUCAGCAGCAACAAACAGACUUUAUACAAGAGAUUCACUGUUACUGUCAAUAGUAAGUAACCAAGUGUUUUAAGUAAAAAUUGUUUAUCAACUGUCUGUGUAUAAUUCAGUUGAUCUGACAUUAAAAUAUGUGAAUCACAGCAGUAUUUCUCAAACUAUGCAUAUUCUGUUUUAUUAUAAUCAAAGGAAUAAUUCACCCUGUAUCUGAUCAUAUCCAGGCUGAUGUUCUUGGUAUGACCACAUUGUGUUGCUCCUUGCAUUAUUAUUCACUGCUAUUUGUAUUAUUCUCUUUUGUUAACCAUUUGAAUAAAUCUUCAAAUAUGUGAAA